CUCUCAACAGUUGCCGCCGUUGGCUUCUUGGCUGCUGGAUCCCAAGCUCGCUAUGUCAAGAGAGACAAUGGCCUCACCAUCUUCAGCAGAAAGGCAGUUGCAAAGCGUGCUCCAAGCAAAAUCAUAGCUACCACCGCUGUCCUGCCCCUGACCAAAAUGGCAGCUACCGGUGCCUCUGCAGCACGUCGUCAACGUCUCAGCAAACUCCUCAUUGCCAAUGGCAGCACAACCACUCUUACUUCUCUCUUUACCGGCGAGGAAUUUGCUGCUGAAGUCGAAUUCGGCACGCAGACUUUUGAGAUGAUUGUUGACACUGGGUCCAGUGAUACGUGGGUCGUUGAGGCCGGUUUUGUUUGCACAGAUCUCGAUACGGGGAAGACGACAACCGAAGCUUACUGCGACUUCGGUCCAUAUUAUACCAAAUCAAGCACCUUCGCGGCGAUUUCUGGUGAAACCUUCUCCAUUGAAUAUGGGGAUGGCGAGUAUCUUACUGGAAUCACGGGAACCGAGGAAGUCACUGUCGCGGGGAUUACAGUCGAUCAAGAGGUAGCUCUCGUGACUGCUGCCGCCUGGGAGGGUGAUGGCACAACCUCUGGUCUCAUGGGUCUUGCGUACCCAGCUCUGACGAGCGCGUACAAGGGAAGUACUCAAGAAGUCUACAAUCCAAUUUUCACCAUGAUGUACUCCAAAGGUCUCAUCGCCAAUGAAUACUUCUCCCUCCUCAUCGAACGACAAACCUCAGGACCUUCCGGCUACCUCGCUUUCGGUGGUGUUCCAGAUAUUGCAUUCACGCAGAACUUCACUUCCACGCCUAUUAUCACUACCACGAUUGAAGGCUAUCCUGACAGCUACGACUUCUACACUAUCAACAUCGUCUCCAUGGAGCUCAACGGUGUCGCCAUCUCAAACUCCGGCGGCUCAGCAGUAGAAUAUAUCGUUGACUCAGGCACGACUCUAAACUACGUCCCCGCGUCCGUCGCCAACGCAAUCAACAAAGCUUUCUCCCCAGCCGCAACCUAUUCUUCCGCUGACGGCGUGUACAUUGUAUCCUGCACGGCCAAGGCUCCUGCUGUUAGCAUCGAUAUCGCAGGCACGCUCUUCGCGAUUAAUCCGCUGGACAUGAUUCUUGAUGCUGGGGAUGGGAUCUGUAUAAGUGGGUGGAUGGAUGGUGGGUCAAGCAAUACGGAGGAUGUGUUUAUUCUGGGGGAUACAUUUCAGAAGAAUGUAGUUACGCUGUUUGAUGUUGGGGCUGCUACUUUGCAGUUUGCGGGGAGGGAAUUCUAUGCUAGUGAUGAUACUUAUUGGGGAGUGAGUCUUGAUGAUCGAUAUGAAGGGGAAGAUUCAAAGUGAUUGGAGAUUCUUUGGGAGAUACACUUACAAUUCUGCCUAACUAUGGAUUUAGAGGAAGAGUAUUCAUGUCACCUUGAAGUUGGUUGUAUAUGUGAAAAUCAGACUCGCUAGAUAAGAACAUGGCCACCGAUUCCCAAUAUCC